AUGUCAACGUUGGAUCUGCAGGCAGGCUAUUGGCAAAUCGGUGUUAAGAGCGAAGACCAGGACAAGACCGCAUUUAUUACCCCGUUUGGUACGUACAGAUUUACGCGCAUGCCUUUUGGAUUGCGAAAUGCGCCGGCAACGUUUCAGCGGCUGAUUGAUCGACUGAAAGCAUCUUUAAGUAAGCUCACGAUAUUUGCGUACCUUGACGACAUCAUCCUAUGUUCCAGUAGCUUCGAGGAGCACCUUAAAGAUCUCAGCAAGCUUUUUGAACGGAUAAGCCAAUUUGGCCUUAAGGUCAACAAAGGAAAAUGUCGGUUUGCUUGUCGCGAGGUUAAAUAUCUUGGACACAUCCUAACAUCAGCUGGCAUACGAGUAGAUCCAGAUAAGGUCACUGCAAUAUCACUGCGUAAACCUCCGAAAAACACCAAAGAGUUGCUAUCGUUCCUCCAAGCUUGUUCGUGGUAUAGGCGUUUCGUACCACAGUUUGCAGAUGUCGCAAAACCACUUUCACAGUUGACCAAAAAGAAUGCUACUUGGGAGCGAAGGAAAUACUGCCAGCUUAGUGAUCCCACUUUAAAAGUAAUUAUUGAUUGUUUCGAGGGAGAAACUGAUGAUGUGGUGCAUUGGAGUAAACGAGGUUUCACCAUGAAUGACGGCGUGCUUUACUGCUACAACGACGAGGAGAGCGAGGAGGCCCAGCUAGUUGUUCCAGAAUCCGAUCGCCCGGCUAUUUUAAAUAACUUCCACAAUAAAGACACUGCCGGUCAUUAUGGAAUCGACCGGACGUUGUCUAAAAUAUCAUCGCGUUACUAUUGGCCAGGUAUGCGAAAAGACGUUGAGAAACAUGUCCGGAACUGUAUCGAGUGUCAACGCUAUAAGGUAACCAACUUGAAGCCAAUGGGACAGUACCAGACAGUUUCCAGCAAACAGCGUUUUGAAGCCAUAGCCAUUGAUCUGUUUGGACCACUACCACCAGACGCGAAUGGCCUGCAGUGGAUUUAUAUUAUUGAAGACGUGGCUAGUCGCUGGGUGGAACUGUUCCCACUGAAAGAAGCAUCCGCUGAAAACUGUGCUAAAACGCUUAUAGAUGAGGUAUUCUUGCGCUAUGGAGUCCCAAGGCGGAUAAUAAGCGACAACGGUGUGCAAUUCGUGUCAGCAAAUCCUGUGGAGCGGAAGAAUCGAGAUUUGAAGACGCAGUUGUCCAUAUUAGUAGGAAGACAACAUCGUAACUGGGCAGAGAAGUUGCCAGCCAUACGAUUUGCGAUGAACACCACACGAUGCCAAAGUACUGGGCAUACUGCUGCCACGCUCGCCGACGUGUUCAAGGCUACGCAAGAAUAUGAGCACAAACGACAAGACGCUAAUAAAGCCGUCACCAAUCCCCGACGACGCGACCAAGAAGGUCUAGAAAUUGGAGCAAAAGUGCUUGUGACAACUCACGUUUUGAGUAAUGCUGCAAAGGGUGUAGCCCCAAAGUUUAUUCCACGCCGAGAUGGGCCUUACGUGAUUGUUGACAAACAAGGUGCCACCUCCUACGUAAUUGCUCAUGAGGACAAUCUCCAGUAUCCUUUGGGCACAUACCAUGCAUCAUCAUUGACACCAUAUCGUAGCUCUGACAAUGUUCCUGAAGCACCAGUCAACAUGUUAAGACGUCGAGGACGACCUCGAAAGAUUACCAAAUAG